AGACCCAAAACGCGGUAGCGGCUAUAAAACGCGAGGUAGCCGGUAGUCAAAGAGACAAAUACGCAGAGUGAUUCCGUAGACCACCGAAGCAACAUAGCACAUCUUCAUCAUGAAGGUUCUCGUCGCUCUUGCCCUGCUCGCUCUGUUUGGCUCACUCCACAAUCCCUGUGCUGCUGCUCCUGCUGUUGAAUCUACGACGCAAACGGAACAGGAUGAUGUCAAGAAUGUAGAGGGGCGACUUCCGUCUGAGGAUGUUGUUCCUCUUCCCCAAGUUAAAGCUGUCAUCGAAGAGGCUCUCAACCAACAAGUGGAGGACCCGUCAGAAAAGUUCGAAGAAGAACAAUUCGACGCACUGAUGGAAUCUUUUGCUGAGUACCAGACUUUUAAGGACAUCUGGGUCAUGCACAAGAGGGGAGGCUCAAAGGCCGACAAGUGGCGUCUUGUUUGUAAAAUAUUGAGGAUGUGUUGAAGAGUGUUAAUAUAGAGCUAAGAUUAUGUAACGACGACGUCACAGCUGAAUAAACGAAGGAGUAGACAAACAUA